UCCAUUAUUAAGGUUUGCGUUAGCGAGGCAGGGUAAUUUUACUUGUUUUCGUUGUUCGCCAUGUCUUAGUUAACGUUGAUACGACUAUUUCACGAAGACGUAAUUUUCUAACCACCCGUCGGUGAUGUCAGGAUGCGAUAUGACCGUGAAAGUCGUAAAGCAGGGGUCCCGAGGACUUAGCCGUUGUGCUUCCGACGGCCGAUCGUUUCGAAUUUGCUCUUGUGAAGGGAAUGACGCAUGGUAGCAGCCGGUGGCAUGUCCGAGGGCAACAGUAUGGCUGGGAUCCUGUUCACGAUCGAGCAGAUAGAGCUGAUCCGCCGCCUGCGGGCGAGCGGCAUCACACGCGAGCAGGUAGUGAUGGCGUUCGAGCAGCUGGACCGCCUGGAUGGAGAACUUGGCACGGGUUGCCCCAUCCCCCCGCUCCUCGCGGCCCGCAUGGCGGGACGUCUGGGGCCGUACGGGGGCGGUGGGGUCGCCUCCUACGGGGAACAGUGGAAUAACGGAGUGGCAAGAGGGUUCUCUGCAGGCAGGGAACCACCUCAGUUGCAGAAUGCAUCGUCGAACGACUCGACAGCAGUGGAGACCCCUCACAAUGGGGACAUGGCCCAUUCGCCGCAGUCAAAUAAAUUGCCCAGCGAAUUGACCAUCAUCCCCAUCUCGACUGCGGGAUCACCCGGAGCGCAGGGAGAGGACGGAAACGGGGGAAGCUUGGUGACCACUUCGGGCAAUGCGGUGCCCAUGCAGUACCUCAUGAAUCCUCAUGACCUUCUCCAGGAAGAGUCAGCUGACAUAGAGGACUUGAAAAGGAAAGGAGAGGCUGCAAUUCUGUCGGAAAUUCGAAACUUUGUGAUGCGCUACAAUAUCAAGCAAACAAUGAUAGCGGAGAUGACAAAGCUAAGCCAAGCGUACGUGAGCCGCUUCUUCCGCGGAGACAUCGCAGACAUGUCGGAUCGUACCAAGAACACGUUCUACAUGUGGUAUCUUACGUGCAAGAACAACCCUUGGAAGCUAGCUCAACUGUGCCCAAAUUCUGGAGUGAAAAGGAUGGUUUCGGAGACGGGUGACCUGAUCCCACUGAAGCGGGAGCGGUUCACGUUCAAGUCUGCUCACCUGGCCGUACUGGAACGCUACUACGAGAGGGAUCCCUAUCCCGACGCACAGACACGGGAGCAGAUUGUGGAAGAAUGCAAUGAAGCCGUGGAGCGCCCAGAGCGGCCGUUGACAGAACGUGAAAAAGUGAGCCUGUCUGUGGUGAAUAACUGGUUCAACAACCGUCGGAAGGAGGCAAAGAAGCAGCUUAGACAGCAACAUGCAGCAGCCAUGGCAGCAGCUGCAUCAGCAGGCAUGGGAAACCUGAGCAGUGUGCUGGGAGGAGGAGGUCAGAAGUCCCCAUUCCCCAUGAGUGCGCUGGGCUGGGGGGCCAACCUGUUUCCGGCCGUGAGCAGUUCCGCCGCCGCCCUGGCAGCCAUUGGUGCAUCCCAGUGCACGCCUGCCCCGUCCUCCGUCCAAGAGGGCAACUCUCACCUCAUGCGGGGCAACGGAAGCGACCAGGGCGACUCCGGCGGGGGGCCCGAGAGUGGGGCAGAUUCCGACAUCUCUCAGGACUCCGCCUCUCUGCCGUCGUAUGGGCACGAGUCAGAGCCUGCAGCCACGGACUUUUCGGACAAAGUGACUGUCAAGCAGGAGACGUGAGCCCAGAACGGCCCCCCCCGAGCAAAUAUAACCGAGGCAGAGUCAUCAACAGGAUCAAACAACAGCGUAGCUUGAAAGCUAAGAACGCAGCCUGUGCAAUACACGCAACUCUCGUUGUUUCUACAUUACAUUGCGUCACUGGUGUGGUAGGAAAUCUGGUCAUGGGGAUCAUCUUUAUUAUUUAUGAUGCAAUUAACUUAGUAGGCAUAUACUAUUAUGGGAAGCUCUUUAAUUUCACCGACUAUAUACUGCGUAGAGCCUUUAUAUUUUGUGCGCUCGUACUCUCUAUUGCGGGCUCGCUUGGUGUCUAAAGAAAAGCAGACGACACACGCGAUGGCGACUCUUCGUGCAGAGCAAAUAGUUUUAGUGGCUGACUCUUCCUUUUAUUUUAUUUUUUAUCUUCGUUUUUUUUUUUCUGGUCUCAGGGAGUUGUGAACGUUUUUUGGUUUGGCACGUGAUGGUUUCUUUUUUGUAACCGUGCUGUCAACAAUGUGCCACUACAAUAUUAGUCACGCGACAUCGCUUACGUGUACAUAGCUCAAGUUUGGUCAUCUUUGACGUGGGAUCAAUUUUCAACCUCGCUUUAUUAUUUUUUUUUGAACUUCGCCCUGGCCCCUAGGUUUUAGGGUGUAUUGGCGUGUGCAACUGAAUUAUGUGUGCGUAAUCACGUAGGUUGUCUAGCUGUUGAAAUUUGAAAGAUUUCAAAGCCAGAUCUUGAAAGAACUCAGGAUGUUUACUAACGAGCGAUACACAUUGAUGCGCUGCAUUAAUCCACAUAUAAUUUAUUUCAUCUGAAAUGGUGGAAGCCACAAGAAAAAAAAGUGCACCAAAACUUCACAUUAUGUACAAUAUCACUGCACUAUACCACUUCUUGGAGGAAACACUCCAUAGUCAUUCUGUAAUAGUUGGUUACCGCGAAAGCACACAUUUAUCUGUGUGCGAGAGUUUUUUUUUUCCUUCUUUUUUUGUUCUUUUAAUGACGCGUGCGUCUUUUACUUGCUGGCUGCACUCGAACAUUUCAGAUGCAGUAUAUCUCAUUUCACUACCCACAACGACUACUACUGCGAAACCCAGCCCAGCCUCGACACAGUAUUUUCCAGUGUCAAUAUCCUUACCCGGUUAUAGUUGUUGGUAGUCGUCGUGCUGUGUUUGCCCCUCGACAUUUCUGCCGAUUUAAAAACGCCGGUGAUUUUUUUUUUUUUUUCGUUUGAGAGCUCUGUUAGGCGACACAGUUCAGGUUUAAAUGUUGCCCCUCAGUCAGAGCUUGAAUGUGAACGGGGGAAGCAUCCUGCACAUUUUUUGCAUCGUCACUGUCGUUCACGGCGAAUGCCACUGUACACAUCUCUCGUAUUUUUUAAAGUACAUUUUUUGUCGCAGCUUCACGUAAAAUGAUGCAGGGCACUAAACGUCUGUUCAUUGAUUGUACAUUGUGAACCUGCAUACCUUUGUAGAGAUAUUUUCGGGAAACGUUUUUACAAUUUUGGGUCACCACAGAGCAUCGUUGUAAAUGUACCCGUGGAUACCUGCAAAGUUACGAGAGCGCUCUUGUAAAAGCAGUGCUCUGAUGGGUGGGGUUGCAGGCAAGCAUUUUCUUUUUCUCUCUCCGAUGCCUAAUUUUAAUGUUAUAGCAGUGGCAAUAUGCAAUACAGGUAUGAAACCAGAAGCAUAGACAGAUGUAGUCCUGCAGGAAUAUCAAUACCUGUAAGGGAGGCUGAACGGGUGGAAACCGUUGAUAAAGGUUUUGGUAGACGAGAUGGUUGAAAGAACUAAACACCGAUGUGAAAAAAAAACGGUAAGAGCAUUGCCCCAAAAAUUGUUUUCCUGCGGCUCAGAGUCCUUUGUAGGAUAAGGACACUGGCAGCAAUCACCGAGUGAAGUUUCUUGCUGAUGUGGGACGUACUAACUCACGCCGCAACUUAAAAAUCCCAAUUGAACCUUUCUCGUUGGCAUCACGUUAUCAGGAAGGUGGCGCUGCUCUGUCGUGACCCAAAAAGGAGGGAUCGAGAAGGUGAGGCGACGUGCCUACAAAUCAUACAAGAUGAGAUUAUAAUUUUUGUGCAAAGGAAAAUAGAGUAUUUUUCUAAAGAACCGAAACGUUCAUUUACCAUUCAGUCCUUUCAGUGCAAAGGGAGCUAGCUCAAUAUCACUGUGUCAAUACGCGCCUGCGGCGCUCUCUCUCUCUUUCUCUCUCUCUCACUCACGUACUGUGCCUACCACACCAGCCGUUGAUGACAGGAUAUCGCGACAUGACUACGAGAAAGAUUUUUUGAGCUACGAACGGAUCGUGCCAUCUCUGCAACGAAGAAGAAGAUGAUGAUGACGACGAUGAUGAUGAUUUGCGAUGGCAAUGCAGUGCUGCCAGUCGAGACUUGUUUUUGUGUUGUCUGCAGAAGAAACGAGAAGUGUUCUGCAUUGAGGAACAGUCUAUUUGCCACUAUCUACCUCCCCGGAUGUUUCUGUGUGUGUCGAACCGAACAGUGUUGCCUCUUAAGUGGCGCUUGUGCUCGAAAAGGGAACUUUUUAUCGUGGAGAUGAUCUUGACGAAUGAAGAAGGGUGCUCCUGGCGUGAUCUCCACCUGAUGAUGAUGAAAUGACACUUAUCCAUAUUCUUGCAUUGCUAGCUAUUUCAAAUUGUUGCUCGAGAGGUUUUUAUUUUUAGUUUUGCUCCAGAGAUUUUAGUUUUUACGAAGGGUUCUGUGCUUGUUGAUGAGUUUUCAUGCGCAAACUGGCAUUCACGAUGAAAGGUAAACUGGAGCAGAAGUGGCGCGGCUGGAAGCUUUUUUUUUUCACGAGAAGACUAUUCGAUGAUGAUUGUACCAGGGUUGACACGGCAUGUUCCGAGAAAGCUUAAACCGUCGCUGUCCUCGUACCUCAUGCGCUUUUUGUUUUUGUUUCCGUCCUAAAUCUAUCGUUAAGGCCGUAAAGAAGCCGGGAGAGGGGAACUCGAGAAAUCUGGUAAAUUAAAUGUGUCACGUGUUAACCCUCGUGCAUCCUUUCGAUUCUACAUUGGCACCCUUUCACGUGGGAACUUGAACACACAAUUUACAAUGGGUAGAGGUGACCGGACAUAACGUUGAUAGCAUCCGCAUCUGCACAUCCGCGACCGUUGCAUCCGUAGGAAAAUAUCUACACAACGAAAAUGUUACGCGAAAACAAUUUUAUUUCUGAGCACAUGAGUUGUUUAGGAACGUUGUCAUUCACAGUUGUUUAAUAGCAGCAGUUAACUGCACAGGAACACAAUGGAUGAAACUGCAUUUUAGAUCCAGUGAGCACUUCAAAUUACAACUGCGUCUAUGGAAUGUCGGCAGAUAUGCCUAUGGCUAUGACUUGCAGAUGGCGACGCAGAUAUCCGUAGCUCUGUCAGUUGUAUCCGCACAAGUUAAAACAAUUUCCGUUUGUAAGUCACGAUGCUGCAGGGGUCAGCUGAUAUAGCUACACCCAUGCGCACCUCUAUCCAUAGACAUUGAAAAAUUGUGAUUUACCUUUAAUUUUGGUGCAGUAACAAACAAUGACAGUUGCAAUGGUCAUUAUUUGGAAAAUAAUGUUGUUGAAACAUUCUAUAAAACCAUGAUUUACCGCAGCACAGAGGUAUUAAAUAUGGAGAUCUGUGCAGUUGCAGAAGAGUUAAUGAACAUGAAGUAUGAAUUUUGCCGCGUCAGCGAAGGCAACCAUACUUAACUUCGAUUGUACGCGUGAAGGUAAAUGGCGCCUCCAAGACAAAAUUUUCAGCACAACAUAGACAAUACCUUCCAUUGUAAAUGCCAUUUUGCCACGACAGAUAUGUUUUGUUUUUUUGCUUGCUCUGAUGUCCCCACAGGGACAUGGGAUGUGUCCAUGAUAGUUGGCAUAUGUUUUCAUUAUCGCCUUGGACAACUGAUUGUGUUCAUCAGCUUUUGACAGUUUUGCUCAUCUCAACAUUUUUUCUUUUUCCAUAGGGAAAUGUAACCCAGAUAUGUAGGUGACGCGAGAGAAAUGUUUUUGCUGACGUGCUUGAUGUAACCGAAACUUUUGGGUGCUAUCAGACAGAAGGAGUCAGGAGAUUAGAUGUGGGCUGGCACUUCCUAGCUACUUCGUUUGUUUUUUAUUCAUUAAUUUUUUUUCUUACCCAGCGUGCAGUGCAAUUGGCAUCUUAAUAUUUGUCGCGUGGUUAAGUUUUAUACAUCUACCUUUUUUUUUUCCAUAGGUACGUUGCGAGCUGGGCUGCACUGAUGCACUAGAACCUAAGUUAAUUCGGACCUGUCGGAUGAAUGGCACGAAGUGCCGUACCAGGCUUGUAGUCCAGCUUGGCACUUGGUAAUGCUCACUUGUGCUCGACUGCUGAAGUGCAAACCACCCGGGGCACAUAUGAUUGCUGUGAAGUGCAAUACUUUGAAACUCUGCAGCACUUCACUAUGUAGGUGGCAGCACCUUAAACUAUGAGCUAGCAUCUUCCUGAAAACCAGCAUGUGUGCUAGCGCUAUCCAUACAACGAAGCCCUUCGAGUGCUCGAGUGUUAAGCUGCCCCGAGCUUACGCAGUCGUGAUUGAAUGUUACAACACUACAAAGCUUUGUUGCGCAUUGUUACAUUGUAGGCUGUGCCACAUUGAACUAUAAGCCGGGCCUGGCAUUUCUCUUAACGAAGCAUGUUGGUUAGGAUCAACAUAAGAGUUAUCUACAGGCCUACUUUAGAUAAAGGUAAAGGCCUAGUUUAGAUAAUGUGUGCAAAGGUGAAAGUGUUCGCCCAUUUGUCAGAGUCUUCGGUGCAGUCCGUCUCAAACGUAAACACAGAGAUGCUAAAAAGAUAACGAAAAUAUUUUAUAUCCUCUCUUCACCGCCACGUGGCGGCCAUUUUGCGGGUCCACAUUAUCUCCUUCGCAGCAGACCACUCACUAAUGUGAAAAAGCCUCCUGCCUCCUUAUCAGACGAAGCCUGCCAGAUAUCGAUACAUGACCUACCACAAGGAAGCUUCAGAUCUAACAGGCUUCUGUUGUAGACCACGAGUGUCAAAGGCAAAAGCAAAAAAAAAGGAAAAGAGAGAAAGAAGCAGAGUGUUUAUGAGACGUGUGCAAAUGUGGUCAGGAAUAACAUGACUACAAAUAGCGUUCCUUGGGAUGUAGGACAUAGUUUGGCCUUAAGAGAGGGACUUAGACAAGAGAGGCUUUUUUUCCCCAUAAUCGCAUGUGUGUGUGUGCACGUUGGUUGUGACAUGGCUGGUUUCUCUCUGGCAUGUUUAUAGCUGGUGAAUCUGGUGGCUUUUUUGUUGGCUUUGCUCACAGUGUUGGUAACAGUGCUACUCGAAAGUUCCUAUGUGCACUCAUGGUGUCCUUUGUCCGGAUAACGCACAAGUUAUGAAAAGCAGAUGGUGGCGGCCUAGUUUGCAGAUGUUUUUCUUGUAUUGUGCCGGUGCUAUACGGAAUGCACCAAUGACUGUUCGUCACAUGCACUAGGCUUGCAUGCUUUAUGCCAUUAUUUAUUUGCCCUUUUAAGCAAAAUUCAGGAUUGGAGCUAACUUCGAGGGCAGGUGAACAAAAUUUUUUUAUCCGUUCCCUCGAGUACGCAGCAUAGGUUUAUGACAUUGAUUCAAGGAUCCGGAACAGAGAAAAGCAUUAUACUUUUUAGCGUGAGCUUUACUGUAAAAAUGUUGUUUCACUUACCUUUGUAAACGGAUGCGAUUCUUCUUUUAAACGUCUGGUUCCAUACUUUGUGUAGUGUUAUUUGUGUUAUGUUUUGCAGCUUUUAGAUGAGUGUACAGAUGAUAGCGUCGCAUUCUUAAAUAUUGUUUACCAUGCCUGAUAUUUGUUGGCUGCCCACUGCAAUGUGCGUCACAACUUUUUCGACAGUUUCCAGUGCUUUAUGAGUAACAAUUAUAUAGUUACGAUCGCUUUUUAACGGAUCGCUACUCCUUGUCCAUCGUGCCGCUGUUUUACAGCUACAGGCACGGACACAAGCCGUAAUUACAAUCAUGUUUAAUCUAGCAGAACUGUUAUUUUUAGCAGCGCGCUUUUCUCCCUACUCUGUAGAUUUUAGAUGAGACCGCAGACGACAGGGAUCUGUCCGGUUGAUUGCUUACGGGGGAAAGGGUCUGUAACAGUCGAGACGACAUCAUCGUCGGACAUACGUUAUUUAGAGCGAGCUAUGUACACAUUGUCCAAAAAAUACUGGUGUGUCUGCGGACAUGGUCUUGCUGCCCUUUGUGUCCAUAAUUGUGGUAUGCACUGCACAUAGAAGAGUAAUUCGCAUUAGACUCAUUUAUUUGUAGUAUAAGACUUAUGUUGUCAUAAACAUUAGCAGUACUAGUUUUUAUCCUUCGGAUUUUCAUUGAUUUUAUUUGGUGAUGCGAGGUUGUUGAUCAAGAAAGUCGGUAAUUUAGAAAGUCCCCUCCCUGCCCCCACCACACUGCCUGCCUCGUGGGUAGAAUAUGCAUCACUUGUUUUGUUAAUUAAUUUAUUUUAAAAUAUCACUCUUAUUUUGUGGCAAUGCAGGACUCACUACAUAGAACAUACGUGUAGCAUUUUUCUCAUUGUUUAUUUCACUUUUGCCACACAAGUUUUUUUUUUUCUUCUUUUUUUUAAUCAAAGGCAACAAAAGCAGACAGCUAAGUAACCAUCUGCUGCUUUACAGAAUUGCUGCCCGUUACAAACGUGUGUAGUGCAAAUACCGCAAUACUAUUUCUGGAUACAGCAAAACAGUUCCUACGUCAUACAACCUGUGCUCAUCUUCAGCAGAGUCCUUGAUCAAAGCUUGUGUUUUUGCGCCAUCAUAUUGUAGGCAGAUAAGGCACAGUACUCAGCAGUGUUAUAAGGGGAACAGUGUUGCUUGGCUCAUAGCAUUGUUGCAAGGGAUGACGCUGAGAUGGCGCAGACGAAAAAUCUACCUCUUAUCUACCCCCCGUUGUUCCCAGACACACCAGACAUCUUCUUUCGUUACUCUUUCUUCGUGUGCACAUAAACCUAAGGACGCGGUUGAAACUGUGGCUGGCAGUGUUUCCCGACCCUCCCCCCCUGCUAGGUCAGUUGUGGUGGUAACAUUUGUGCCAAAGGCAACGACAGUACCUGAAAGAAUGGUAUAGAUGGAGUCGGCCGACCGGAGAAGGUCGGUCAACUUCUCUCUAACAGGAACCGUUGGAAUCUGGCACGAAAAAUAAAUCCCGAUGGCGGUGUAUGCUGAGCGGCUGAAAUUGCAGGAUGAGAAAGUGGUGCCUCUGACAUGUUUUCUUCUCUAAAAGAAAAACACGAACCUACCUCCCAGGGAAAACGAAAGAAAGUCACGGCUGAGUCUUGGCUCGGUACUGCUCCGGGGAACCUCAAAUUCGUGCCUUAGGUUGUCUAUUUUAGCUCGUGGAAUGAGAUGAUUGUUUACGGGUCAAUCAGGAGAGAAAGAAUUGCAAUCGAAAAGAAAUAAAAUGAAUCGUAAUGAAAUGAACAAAAGAGCGAAGGUGUACCGUGAAAACAGAUCUUUGUUUCACUCUUUACUAGUUCUGUUUAUUUCUUUUCGUGUUUUUGUAGAGUGUUGAAUUUAUAAAACUGUAUAUGUCGAUGAGUUCUUCUAUGCCAUGUAUUGCUUUGUAAAUUAAUGUGGCACUUCAUGUGAGUGUAUUGCGUUAUUCACGUUGUUCCAUACUCGAUGUAAUCAUGUUUCUUGCGUUGAUCAUUUUCAUCUUUGAAAUUGUUGCAGAUCAUUUUUGAUGUUAGCCUGUUUUUUAAAUGAUCAUUCAUUGUACUUGUUGACACACACACAAAAUGUACUACCGUGCGGUUUAAGAUCAGCCCUCAAACGAGCUGUAAAGAUCACAUCUGUAAUAGGGAUUUCUUUUUUUUUUUUUUUUCUUCAUUUUGUCUCUCUCACGUUCAUAACACUUUUAUAAUAUAUAAGGGCUUGGUCUUGUUUUGCAACAUCACAGAAUCUUCAGUAUUUUCGAGAGCCCGAUAUUUACAUAAAAUGACAGUUUUGUGUAUUGCCCCACAAGAAAACUUCAAUGGUCCAUGCUACAAUUAGAAUAUUGUCUACAUAAUUAGUCAUUGCACGCCGUGAGGUUGAAUCGCGUUUGAAUCUUUACAGCUCGUUUGACCGUGAAAUACAUUCAGAAAAGCAUGAAGCCAUUCCAGGCAUGGUAUUUGAAGAUGAGGAAAUAUUGAAAGCAGCCCCAGUUGAUUGAUAGUUCCUAAGAACCCCCCCCAGCAACAAACAAGUACAAAUAUCACAGCACUCAUCCCUUAGCAGACUGAAUGUUGCCGCUACCACACACAUCCAACAUUCAUUUGAAUCCAUACUGUAGUACUCAGUAGUACCUUUUAGCGUGUAGACACUUCCCUUUUUUUUUUUUUUUUUUUUUUUUUUUGGUAUGAUGCCCGUCACAGUUUCAAAGUGGGUCAAUGCUUGCGGAGAUUGAAAUUUCAAGCCGUUUGUGCAAGUUGGAAUAGCAUAACCUGUCGUGAUGUGUAAGCGUUCAGUGCCAGCAAAGUUAAGGUAAUGGUGACGUACGCUAGAUAGUUUGUAGUUUCUUUUUCAUAUAUUGUGUGUAAUUACACCUAAUAAAAUUAUUAGUUUGGUAAGUAAA